UGUCACUCCAGAAAUGCUUAUCUCCUGCUGUUGAUGAAUAAUUUCAAAGUACUAUGGAUCAUGCUGAAGAAAAUGAAAUCCCUGCAGAAACCCAGAGGUACCAUGUGGAAAGGCCCAUCUUCAGCCAUCCAGUCCUCCAGGAGAGACUCCACACAAAGGACAAAGUCUCAGAAUCCAUUGGGGACAAGCUGAAGCAGGCAUUCAUAUGUACUCCUAAAAAAAUAAGAAACAUCAUCUAUAUGUUCUUGCCCAUUACUAAAUGGUUGCCAGCUUACAAAUUCAAGGAGUAUGUGCUGGGAGACUUGGUCUCAGGGAUAAGCACUGGAGUGCUUCAGCUUCCUCAAGGCUUGGCCUUCGCAAUGCUUGCAGCUGUGCCUCCCAUAUUCGGCCUCUAUUCUUCGUUUUAUCCUGUUAUCAUGUAUUGUUUUCUUGGAACCUCCAGACACAUAUCCAUAGGUCCUUUUGCUGUUAUUAGCUUGAUGAUUGGUGGUGUGGCUGUUCGAUUAGUACCUGAUGACAUAGUCAUUCCAGGAGGAGUAAAUACCACCAAUGGUACAGAAGCCAGAGAUGCCCUGAGGGUCAAAGUUGCCAUGUCUGUGACCUUGCUUUCGGGAAUAAUUCAGUUCUGUCUAGGUGUCUGUAGAUUUGGAUUCGUGGCCAUUUACCUCACAGAGCCUCUGGUCCGUGGAUUCACCACUGCAGCGGCUGUACAUGUCUUCACCUCCAUGUUAAAAUACCUGUUCGGGGUUAAAACAAAGCGGUACAGUGGGAUCUUUUCAGUGGUGUAUAGUACAGUUGCUGUGUUGCAGAAUAUUAAAAACCUCAACGUGUGUUCCCUAGGCGUCGGCCUGAUGGUUUUUGGUUUGCUCUUGGGUGGCAAGGAGUUUAAUGAGAGAUUUAAAGAGAAACUGCCAGCACCCAUUCCUUUAGAGUUCUUUGCGGUGGUCAUGGGCACUGGCAUUUCAGCUGGAUUUAACUUGCAAGAAUCAUACAAUGUGGAUGUUGUUGGAACCCUUCCUCUAGGGCUACUCCCUCCAGCCAACCCUGACACCAGCCUCUUCCACCUCGUGUAUGUGGAUGCAAUUGCCAUAGCCAUCGUUGGAUUUUCAGUGACCAUCUCAAUGGCCAAGACCUUGGCAAAUAAACAUGGCUACCAGGUUGAUGGUAAUCAGGUAAAAACCAGCUACACUUUUGUCAUACAGUGGUGUCAUACUUCUACAAUUACCAUGUUCUGGUAUUGAGGACAAAUGAACUAGAUUUCUCUGUCUUGAUAGAAAACCCUUUGUUUGAGUAAUGAAGAUAUUUAAAGCAUACAUUUAUUCCAAAGUGUAACUUGUGUUACUUAUGAGCAGCAGGUAAUUAAGCUCUGAGGAGUGGAGUCUUCCUCCCUUCCUCACUUCAGGAAAAGGAGUUCACCUAGCACAACCAUCUGGCUGACCACUUUUGUGUCCUCCUUGUUCCUGGGAUUGGACUACGGUUUGAUUACUGCUGUCAUCAUUGCUCUGCUGACUGUGAUUUAUAGAACACAGAGUCCGAGCUACAAAGUCCUGGGACAGCUUCCUGACACUGACGUGUACAUUGACAUAGACGCAUACGUGGAGGUGAAAGAAAUUCCUGGAAUAAAGAUAUUCCAAAUAAAUGCUCCAAUUUACUAUGCAAAUAGUGACUUAUACAGCAAUGCAUUAAUAAGAAAGACUGGAGUGAACCCAGCUCUCAUAAUGGGUGCAAGAAGAAAGGCCAUGAGAAAGUAUGCUAAGGAGGUCGGAAAUGCAAAUAUGGCCAACGCGACAGUGGUCAAAGUGGAUGCAGAAGGUACCAAGCCUGAAGAAGAUGGCACUAAGCCUGAGGAGGAGGAUGACGAAGUAAAAUAUCCUCCAAUUGUCAUCAAAAACACAUUUCCCGAAGAACUACAAAGAUUCAUGCCUCCCAGAGAGACUGUCCACACUAUCAUCCUGGAUUUUACACAAGUCAAUUUUAUUGAUUCUGUUGGAGUAAAAACUCUGGCAGGGAUUGUAAAGGAAUACGGAGAUGUCGGUAUUUAUGUAUAUUUAGCAGGAUGCAGUGCACAAGUAGUGAAUGACCUCACUCGGAAUAGGUUUUUUGAAAAUCCUGCCUUACAGGAGCUGUUAUUCUACAGUAUCCAUGACGCAGUCCUAGGCAGCCAGCAUCGAGAGGCACUGGAACAAGAAGCCUCAGCUUCUCCUCCCCAGGAGGACCUGGAGCCCAACACCACUCCCACCACGCCUGAGGCAUAG